UUGUGGUCGCACACUAGCACGUUAUCUUCAUCUCUCUCUACUCGCUUGGACUCUAUAUAACCCCUACCUUUUUCAACUUUUACACCACUCUCACUCCCUGUCCAGGAAGAAAGAUGGCCACCCACCACCCGCCGGACCUCGAGGCCGCCGCCAACGACUCGGUCGCCUCCUCCCCGCGGUCCGAACACCACCCCCACGAUCUCCACCAGCGCGUCCGCCUCAUGUGCAGCUUCGGCGGCAAGAUCCUCCCCCGCCCGCACGAUAAUCUGCUCCGUUACGUUGGCGGCGACACCCGGAUCGUCGCCGUCCAGCGUGCCACCACCUUCAACGCUCUCCUCAACAAGCUCUCCAAGCUCUCAGGUACGACGAACAUUACAGUGAAGUACCAGCUUCCCAAUGAAGAUCUGGAUGCCUUGAUUUCGGUGACGACGGACGAGGAUAUCGAGAACAUGAUGGAGGAGUACGACCGGGUUGCCCAGAACCAGAACCCGCGGACGGCUCGGCUCCGUCUCUUCCUCUUCAACAAAGGCGACGACUCGCGAACCAGCAGCAUUGGCUCGCUCCUCGACGGCUCGUCGAACCGGGAGCAGUGGUUCUUGGACGCCCUCAACGGCGGCGGCGGCGGCCCGCCUCUGUGCCUGGGCCUCGAGCGCCUCCGCUCCGAGGCCUCCUCGAUCGUCUCGGAGGUCCCGGACUACUUGUUCGGGCUGGAGAUCUCGGAGGAGAAUCAGCCCCGCGAGCCCAAAUCAAAGGCCCGGAGUUUGCUGCUCGAGACCAUCUCGAUUUCCGAUCCGGGCUCGCCCAUCCCCGUCGCCAAUUCGUCGUAUUGCUCGACCUCUUCAGCGUCCAUGCCGGACCUUCCUCCGGUGAAGACGAAGCCCGAGAAUCCGGUUCCCAGAUCCGACCCUAAGGAAAGCGAGAGUUUCGAGGAAACGGGCGAAACCAUAGUCGUGCAGCCGGGCGGGUAUCCGGGCAAUCCGGCGGGUUACUACCCCACGAGUUCUCACUAUUCCGGGCCUCCGAUGCAGCACAUGCCCGUCUAUUACCUCCCGAGUCCCAUGCCUCCCAGUAACAUGUCAGUCCCGCCCAUGAUGGCCCGAGGACACUAUGUCCAGCACCAGCAGUACCCCGCUUCAGCGGGUCAAAUACCGGUCGGCUACCAUCAGCCCGGCCCGAGUCCGGGCCAGAUGUACGGCGGAGUGGUGAGGUCCGUGGUUGCCGAUGGCGUGAGCCACCAGGUAUACUACGGGGUAAGCAAUGGAGGCAUGGUUCCGACGUACCCGCCCGGGAUGGUGGUUCAGGCUCCGGGCGGAGAGGAUAUUCAAGUAGUGGCGGUGGAGGCAAACCCGGGUCGGAUCUCACAGCAAUCAUGACACCAUUAUUGGAAGAGCUGUCCAACCGCCAUCGCCGUCGCCAUCGCACCCUUGUCAUCGCCGCCCUGCCAUCGACAUCGAAACCGACAGUAGCCGCCGAACCCUUCUCUGAUCGCGGAAUUUGGUUCGGGUUUGGAGGAGGCUUGCGGUAGGGUGUGGGUUCGUGGGUAAAUUUCUUCCCGAAGUUGGUGCCUCUUUUAGGGUGACUUCCUAAUUAAGCAUUUUCCAAUCC